ACCUCCCCCAGUGCCUGCGGGGAGGGGCUGGGAUGAACUGGGGUGACCUGGAGUGCAUUAAGCUGGGCUGUGGUGACCUGAACUGGGGUGGAUUGGGUUGAGCUGGGCUGGCACCCCCUCCCUGCUGCUCCUAGGGCAGGUUCUUCAUCCCCUCACUUGCCUCCACCCCUCCCCCUCCCGCACCCCUGGGUGGGGGGCUCAGCUGCGCCCCCGAAUCAGCAGCUGCCCAGCGCGCGGUCUCGUCCCUGCGCCUCGGCGAGCACGGAGGAGCCCGGCAGCGAGGCGCGUGAGCGGCCUGGAAAGGCUGGUGCAUCAUUAAAGGCCGCGGCUUGUUGCCUUGAGGGGCACAGCUCCUUGCAACCCGGCGUCGUGCAUGCGGACGGCUUCGCCCAACUCAAGACACGGGCACGUUUUUGGAGGAAAGCGUCGGCAGGAGCCAUCGAGCACGGGAGUGUGCGGCACGGCGGCUGAAGGGAGCUUCCUGGACGCUAAAUGCCGGAGGCGACACGUGAGAGAGGAAAGGGGCGCAAAGAAAAGACUCUCGUCGUGCCGUGGUUUCUUUCCCUUUCAGCCUCUGUGAGACACGGGCGUGUUUGAUGCACAGCCAGCACGUGGACGUUGGGAACACGACGAUUGGUUACCCCCCUCGUUUUUAGGGGGGCCAUUGGGUGUGCACCAGCUGAAUUCGUGGGGCAGCAUACAGCUAUGCCCGGGACCGGAGCGAGGGUCAGGGGUUGAUAACGAGUGCUUCAAGAGAAGAGCGCAUCGGCGAAGGAGCCUGCGGACGCUGCACUGUGAAACUGCCCAGAGACGUGACCACACAAGGGACAGGGAAGUGGCCCCGCAGCCAUUGGGGUCCUGGCCAGAGUUAGCGUGGCUGCCUCUGUGGCACAGACGACAGGGAGAGGUGGUCUGCCCCAGUAAAUGGCAGUUUUCCUGUUCAUCCGCUGACAGCACAGCUAUGCCCACACAUUUACGUGUUUGCAGGAGGAAGUCUGGAAGGGAAAAGAGAACAGAAGAGUUACAAAGCUCUUUUAGAAGAUCCGAUGCUAAAGUUCUCAGGAUUAUACCAGGAGACCUGCUCAGACUUGUAUGUAACUUGCCAAGUUUUUGCGGAAGGGAAACCCCUUGCUCUUCCAGUUAGGACUUCCUACAAAGCUUUCAGCACUAGAUGGAACUGGAACGAAUGGCUGAAAUUGCCAGUGAAAUAUCCUGACUUACCCCGCAAUGCACAAGUAGCUCUGACCAUCUGGGAUGUGUAUGGGCCUGGUAAAGCAGUUCCUGUAGGAGGAACAACAGUCUCCCUCUUUGGAAAAUAUGGUAUGUUUCGUCAAGGAAUGCAUGAUCUGAAGGUUUGGCCCAAUGUAGAAGCUGAUGGCUCAGAGCCUACCAAAACUCCUGGCAGAACCAGCAGCACAGUCUCUGAAGAUCAGAUGAGCCGACUGGCUAAGCUCACCAAAUCUCAUCGACAAGGUCACAUGGUGAAAGUAGACUGGCUGGACAGACUGACCUUUAGAGAAAUAGAAAUGAUCAAUGAGAGGGAGAAACGAAGUUCUAAUUUUAUGUACUUGAUGAUUGAGUUUCGUUGUGUCAAGUGUGAUGAUAAAGAAUAUGGAAUAGUUUACUAUGAAAAGGACGGUGAUGAGUCAUCUCCGAUUUUAACAAGCUCUGAGAUUGUUAAAAUUCCAGACCCACAGAUGUCUAUGGAGAACUUAGUGGAAAGCAAACAUCACAAGCUGGCUCGCAGCUUAAGAAGUGGACCUUCUGAUCAUGAUCUCAAACCUAAUGCAGCUACUCGCGAUCAACUUAACAUCAUAGUGAGCUAUCCACCAACAAAGCAACUCACGUAUGAGGAACAAGAUCUAGUCUGGAAGUUCAGAUACUAUCUUACUAAUCAGGAAAAGGCUUUGACUAAAUUCUUGAAAUGUGUCAACUGGGACCUACCUCAAGAGGCAAAGCAAGCGUUGGAACUGUUGGGCAAGUGGAAGCCAAUGGAUGUGGAGGACUCUCUGGAGCUUUUGUCAUCUCAGUUCACCAAUCCGACAGUGCGGCGAUACGCUGUAGCCAGGUUGCAGCAGGCAGAUGAUGAGGAUUUGUUGAUGUACCUGUUGCAGCUGGUUCAAGCACUAAAAUAUGAAAAUUUUGAUGAUAUAAAGAAUGGUCUAGAGCCAAACAAGAGGGACAGUCAGGGAUCCAUAUCAGACAGUAUGGCAACAUCUGGAACAAAUGGCACAGAAAUAGAUAGUUCCCAAAUCAUGAGUCCUAUCCCUCCUGUAUCUUCACCACCUCCAUCUUCUAAAACAAAGGAGUCUGCAGAUAGUGAAAACCUUGAUCAAGACCUCUGCACUUUCUUGAUAUCUCGCGCAUGCAAGAAUUCCACUUUGGCAAACUAUUUAUACUGGUAUGUGAUAGUGGAGUGUGAAGACCAGGACACUCAGCAGAGGGACCCAAAGACUCAUGAAAUGUACCUGAACGUCAUGAGAAGGUUUAGUCAGGCUUUAUUAAAGGGUGAUAAGUCUGUCAGGGUUAUGCGUUCUCUGCUGGCAGCCCAGCAGACAUUUGUAGAUCGACUGGUUCAUCUAAUGAAGGCAGUGCAGCGUGAAAGUGGGAAUCGUAAAAAAAAGAAUGAGAGGCUGCAGGCAUUACUAGGAGACAAUGAAAAGAUGAACUUGGCAGAUAUGGAACUUAUUCCACUUCCUCUAGAACCGCAAGUGAAAAUUAAAGGCAUCAUCCCAGAGAAAGCCACAUUGUUUAAGAGUGCCCUAAUGCCUGCCCAGUUAUUCUUCAAAACAGAAGAUGGAGGCAAAUACCCUGUAAUAUUUAAACAUGGUGACGAUUUACGUCAGGAUCAACUUAUUCUUCAAAUUAUUUCGCUCAUGGACAAGCUUUUGCGUAAGGAGAAUCUGGAUUUGAAACUGACCCCGUACAAAGUACUGGCUACUAGCACAAAACAUGGUUUCAUGCAGUUUAUUCAGUCAGUCCCUGUGGCAGAAGUUCUUGCAACUGAAGAGAGUAUACAGAACUUCUUCAGAAAGCAUGCACCAAGUGAUACUGGGCCUCAUGGAAUAAGUGCAGAGGUGAUGGAUACUUAUGUGAAGAGCUGUGCUGGUUACUGUGUGAUUACCUAUAUCCUUGGAGUUGGAGACAGACAUCUGGAUAAUCUUUUGCUAACAAAAACAGGUAAACUAUUUCACAUAGACUUUGGUUACAUUUUGGGCCGUGACCCUAAGCCUCUGCCUCCGCCAAUGAAGCUAAAUAAGGAAAUGGUUGAAGGUAUGGGAGGCACGCAGAGUGAGCAGUACCAAGAGUUCCGGAAGCAGUGUUACACAGCUUUCCUGCAUCUUCGAAGGUAUUCCAACCUGAUCUUGAACUUAUUCUCCCUCAUGGUGGAUGCCAACAUUCCAGAUAUCGCUCUUGAACCUGACAAGACUGUGAAAAAGGUGCAGGACAAAUUCCGUUUGGACCUAUCUGAUGAAGAGGCUGUACAUUACAUGCAGAGUCUAAUUGAUGAAAGUGUCCAUGCUCUGUUUGCUGCAGUGGUGGAACAGAUACACAAGUUUGCUCAGUACUGGAGAAAAUAGAGCUGCCAUCAACUUUGAGUGUGGACAGUACCCAGCAAGAAGAAUAUUUCUCAAGAUACCCUGAACGUUGCAAGACAGCCCCUGAAGGCAAGAACUUUAUAUCGGAUGGUACAGAGUGCCAACAGCAUGGACUAGGUGUCUGGGUGCCAAGUCCCAAUUAGCAGAUUGAAUUUUUUACAGAAAAAAAUGUAUUUAUUUCCUACUUUGCGUUUCAAUGUUAUUGCACCUUUUUUCUAGUAAGAUACUUAAGCUACAAAGGUAAAAUAACUUGCACCAAAGCCAAAGAUGAUUGGAAGAGGCUACAGAAGAGUGAGGUGGCAGUUGAUAACUGUAAAUGUAUUUUUGUGUGUCACUUACUACGUGAUGCUGUCUAGAAACCUAAGUCCAUUUCUGCACUUACCUUGGCUGUGGAUACAUACAAUGGAUAGCCUACAGGCAUAGGUUGCAAUUUCUCAUGAAAGUUCCUCCUUCCGUUUGUGUCUGAAAUCCAUCUUAAAUGCAUUUGCCUGAUCCUCACUUUGGGGAAUGUUCUCUUUCAGAAAGGACGAUGAUUCUUCCUUGCUAACAAACAUAUUUUUAAGUGCUGGUAAGUUAAGCCACGUGUAGGCACUCAGUUAAAUUCCUAAUGGAAUAGACAGGUAGCAGGUGUAAGAGAUGCUGUAUUUAAACACUUUUAUUAUGAGUGCUUUUUGUACAGUAACGAUGUAUUCCCUGACUAAUAAAUCCUUCCUGGAUGCA